AUGGGAGAGCGGCUGCAGUGGUGUGUGGAGGGGGGUGACUAUAAGGCGAGUUAUUUGUUGCCGGAGGAUGAUUCAUCAGGACUCAUGGAUGAAGUUGGAAACGAGAAACAGCUGCAAUCUGGAGGGUUAUUGAUCAGCGAGACCGCUGUCCCGGGCUUCGAGGCGGCGGACCACGAGUUUCUGACGCAUGAGACGAUGGAGAAGUUACUUACACCUGAACAGGUGAAAGAGCUGCAAUGGUUGCUCAGGAACCACGAGGUGUCCUGA